UUUGAUUCUUCUUUCAUUCUCUGCGUUCUUACUUCCCAGUUCCCGUUCACUUUCGUUCAGGGUUUCAGACUUAUAUUUUUCGUUGCCGUUGUCGAUUGCCGCCCAUCGCUCGCUCGCGGAGCCUUGUGAGUCUGUGACAACCCUCGCCUAGCGGUGUUGCCGUACCUUCGCCAGUUCGCUGUUCGCCCAUCGCUUUCUCGCUCGAGUCGCUCGUCGUCACAGUGGUUUCGCUUUCGUCGUUGUCGACUGCCGGCCAUCACACGCUCGCCGCUUCGCGUCCCGAACCACGGAACCAGGUCCAAUCCUUUAUAUACAUCAUAAUCCAGUCAACACACGGGCCACGACUGUCCACCCACAAAAAAACCGUAAUCGCUCUCCUCUCAGGCUCUCACUCUCUCAGUCCUCUCCUUUGCCGGCCUCCCUCGUCCCUUCUGCUGGUGCAUCGGCUCUGCUGCCUGCUGCGAAUGAUCUGGUCCUCGAGCUCAAUAGGCGUGAGCUCCCCCAGCUCCACAGAUGACUCUCCUCCACAGGCGUGAGCCUCCCCAGCUCCAAAGAUGUUGCAAAGCCGUGGUGGGAUUUGGAGUUGCUGCAACCCACCCGGACCCGGCCUGCUCGCUCGUUUUGCCACCCCUACUCUCAAGGAAGCAAAGGUCACAUUCCGCCGGUUUGUGUUGCCUCCAUGGCCCCAAGUUUCGUAUUCGAAGCGCCCAGCGACGAACAACUCGAGCACGAGCUAGACGAUGAAGAAGACCAAGAACGAAAGGUGGAAGGAAGCUCUCCCCUUCGCAAAUCCCAAUCGCCAUGGGACUUAGCCUCCUACUCUGAAUCGGCCGCGGAUGAGCAUGCUCGUUGUAACACCACUUCCAUCGAUUACAAGAUUUCCAAAGCCUUUACCGAACGCUGUGCACACAACACUCAUCCCUUUGAUGAUGACAACGACGACUUCGAACCAACUAAGCAAGAGGAGUAUGAACCAGAUGAAGAUGAUGAUGACGCAAGUACUAAAGACGGCGACAGCAAGCCAUUCUUUGCGUUGCCUGAGGGAGCUUCUUUCCAAGCAAAUUCGUUCAUGGAGCUUAAUCUUUCUCGGCCAUUGCUCCGAGCCUGCGAAGCUUUGGGAUACUCUAAGCCUACCCCAAUUCAGGCAGCGUGCAUACCAUUAGCAUUAACCGGGCGUGAUAUUUGUGGGAGUGCUAUUACUGGUUCCGGAAAAACAGCUGCCUUCACCUUACCUACCUUGGAGCGGUUAUUGUUUCGGCCAAAACGAAUGCCAGCAAUUAGGGUACUUAUUCUUACUCCAACCAGGGAGUUGGCUGUGCAGGUUCAUAGUAUGAUAGGAAAGGUUGCUCAAUUUACGGAUAUAAGAUGCUGUUUGGUAGUUGGUGGGCUUUCAACAAAGGAACAAGAGGCAGCCUUGAGGUCAAUGCCUGAUAUUGUUGUGGCAACUCCAGGACGUAUGAUAGAUCACCUACACAAUUCUAUGUCUAUCGACUUAGAGGAUCUUGCAGUUUUAAUCCUUGAUGAGGCAGAUCGUCUUUUGGAGCUUGGAUUUAGUUCUGAAAUUCAUGAGCUGGUACGUCUGUGUCCUAAACGGAGACAGACCAUGUUAUUUUCAGCUACAAUGACAGAAGAAGUUGACGAGCUCAUCAAGAUUUCUUUAACUAGACCUGUACGCCUCUCAGCUGAUCCUUCAACAAAACGGCCAACAACAUUGACUGAGGAGGUGGUUAGGAUACGCCGAAUACGUGAAGUAAAUCAGGAGGCCGUGCUUCUUGCUUUGUGCUCUAAGACGUUCACAUCUAAAGUGAUCAUUUUCAGUGGAACAAAACAGGCUGCACAUAGAUUGAAGAUUUUAUUUGGUUUAGCUGGCUUUAAAGCUUCUGAGCUUCAUGGAAAUCUUACUCAAGUUCAGCGUCUUGAUGCUUUGGAACUAUUCAGGAAGCAGCAGGUGGAUUUUUUGAUUGCAACUGAUGUUGCUGCUCGUGGACUUGACAUAAUUGGGGUCCAAACUGUUAUAAAUUAUGCAUGCCCUCGUGAUAUUACUAGCUAUGUUCAUCGAGUAGGUCGCACAGCAAGAGCUGGUAGAGAAGGAUAUGCUGUUACAUUUGUCACUGAUAAUGAUCGAUCUCUCUUAAAAGCUAUUGCAAAGAGAGCUGGUUCGAAGCUGAAGAACCGAAUUGUUGCUGAGCAAUCAAUAACUAAAUGGCUUCAGCAUAUUGAGAAAAUGGAAGAUCAAGUGGCAGCGAUUCUUCAAGAAGAGAGGGAAGAGAGAGCUCUCAGAAAAGCUGAAAUGGAAGCAACAAAGGCAGAAAAUAUGAUUGUACAUAAGGAUGAAAUUUAUUCACGUCCUAAAAGAACUUGGUUUGCUACAGAAAAGGAGAAAAGACUUGUAGCUAAGGCAGCAAAGGCAUCUGUGGAAAAGGAUAAAAGUUCUGGGACAGAGGUUAUCAGUGCCCAACAAGCUGAAGACCUCAAAAUGAAAGAAAAGCGAAAGCGAGAGCGUGAGAAAAACUUGCCCCGUAAGAAGCGGCGUAAAUUGGAAGCUGCUAGGGAGAGGUUGGAGGAUGAAAGUCAAAAUGAUCAGCUUGAAGAAGGUAGUAGAAAAAAUAAGAAAGAAAAAAAGGGGAUAUCACUUGUUGAUCUGGGUUAUCGACAAGCAAAAGCAGUUAAGGCUGGAAAGAAGGCCCAGGAUGCUGGAAGGAUGGUGCGAAAAGUUGGCAAGAAAUGUAAACAUACUUCUCAAAGAGUUCAAUCAAGGGCAGAAGAGAUGGAGGAGCUGUUCCAGAGUGACAUGAGUGAGAGAAAGCAAAAACGGAGCAUUGCUGGGAGGAAAAAGUCAAAGAAUUCAUUUAAGAGCAAAUCACGGUACAAACGUAGGUAGCAUUGUUGAGUUGGCAGUCUGUAAUUCUUAUUAUAUAUUCUUUAAGCAGAAGGGAAGCUCCUGCAACUUCAUUUUACUGCAGUAAAGAUACGAUUCUGAAGGUAGUGUGGGUAUCCAUGCGUCAGAAAUGUUAGGAGAGCCAAUUUAUUGAGUGUUCCUCAAUGUCCAGGGAUGAUGACUGUCAAAUAUAAUUGGUUUUUUUUUGUUCGUAUUUGAAGUAGUUUAAUUUAACUAUCACCCAUGCUUAAUUAAAAAACAAGGACCGGGCAUCAAAGAAUCAAAGUGAGUCAAUUUUAUUUUAGCAAGUUCUGAAGCAGCCUUUCUUUCAUUCAGUGUAGAGGUAAAAUUUCUAGGUGGAAAAAUGUAAUAGUUGUGCUAACGUCUUGCCUUUUUUGACAGUAAUUUAAUAAAUUGUAUUAAGUUCAA